AUGUCUGCUCUCCGAGCACCCACCGCACCCUUUGCACGCACCCUCCCCUCCACCCUCCGCCCACACACCGUCGCCGCAGCACGCACAUUUCCGCGCCCAAUCGCAGCCAAAGUCGUGCAGCGCCGCAACAUGGCCUCCCAGCAGAUCCCCAAGAUCAAGGUCAAGAAUCCCGUCGUCGAGAUGGACGGCGAUGAGAUGACGCGCAUCAUCUGGCAGAACAUCAAGGACAAGUUCAUCUAUCCCUACCUCGACAUCGACCUCAAGUACUACGACCUGGGCCUGGAGAAGCGAGACGAGACCAACGACCAGAUCACCAUCGAUGCGGCAGAAGCGACCAAGAAGUACAGCGUGGCAGUCAAGUGCGCAACCAUUACACCCGAUGAGGCACGCGUGGAAGAGUUCAAGCUCAAGCAGAUGUGGCUGAGCCCCAACGGCACAAUCAGAAACAUUCUCGGCGGCACCGUCUUCCGUGAACCCAUUGUCAUUCCAAGAGUGCCUCGAUUGGUGCCCGGCUGGAAGAAGCCCAUCGUUAUCGGACGUCACGCCCACGGCGACCAGUACCGAGCAAAGGACAAGGUCAUCGAGGGUCCAGGCAAGCUGGAGAUGGUCUUCACGCCCAAGGGCGGUCAGCCUGAACGGAUUCACGUCUUCGAGUUCUCGGACAAGAACGAGGGAGGUGUCGCUCAGACACAGUACAACACGGGCGAGAGUAUCCGGGGCUUCGCCCAUGCUUCAUUCAAGCACGCGCUGAACCUCAACUACCCAAUGUACAUGACCACCAAGAACACUAUCCUGAAGAAGUACGACGGCAGAUUCAAGGACAUCUUCCAGGACAUCUACGAGAAGGACUACCGCAAGGAGUUUGAGAGCAAGGGUCUGUGGUACGAGCACCGUCUUAUCGACGACAUGGUUGCGCAGAUGAUCAAGAACGAGGGUGGCAUGCUCAUUGCCAUGAAGAACUACGACGGUGACGUCCAAUCCGACAUUGUCGCCCAAGGCUUCGGCUCGCUAGGCCUCAUGACCUCCGUCCUUGUCACCCCGGAUGGCAAGACCACCGAAGCCGAAGCUGCGCAUGGCACAGUCACCCGCCACUACCGCGAACAUCAAAAAGGCAACCCAACCUCGACCAACCCUAUCGCAUCGAUCUUCGCCUGGACACGAGGUCUUGCCAAGCGUGGCGAGCUUGAUGACACACCGGAGCUUGUCAAGUUCGCCGAGAGUCUCGAAGAGGCAUGCAUCCACGUUGUUGACCAACAAGGCAUCAUGACCAAGGACCUGGCAAUCAGCUGCGGCAAGCCAAAGGACUUUGUCACGACCGACGAGUACCUAGAGGCGGUUGAGAAGCGCAUGCGAUCGGUGUUGGGCUCGAAGCUCUAA